GACCGGGCGGAGGGCCGAGAAGGUGCGGCGUCCGCGUUUUCGCAGGCCCGAAAGGGGAACUGCGUGGUGGAGGUCACCGGGAACUGAGCAUUUCAGAUCUGCUUAGUAAACCUGGUUCAUCAUCAUGCUGGCUGCAAGGCUUGUGUGUCUCUGGACACUACCUUCCAAGGUUUUCCACCCAGCUAUCACCAAGGCCUCCCCCGUUGUGAAGAAUUCCAUCACAAAGAAUCAAUGGCUCUUAACACCCAGCAGGGAAUAUGCCACCAAGACAAGAAUUGGGAUGCGCCGAGGGAAAACCACCCAAGAGCUCAAAGAAGCGGCAUUCGAGCCAUCAAUGGAAAAAGUAUAUAAAAUUGACCAGAUGGGAAGGUGGUUCGUUGCUGGAGGGGCUGCUGUUGGUCUUGGCACACUGUGUUACUAUGGCUUGGGAAUGUCUAAUGAGAUUGGAGCUAUUGAAAAGGCUGUAAUCUGGCCUCAGUAUGUGAAGGAUAGAAUACAUUCUACCUAUAUGUACUUAGCAGGAAGUAUUGGUGUAACAGCUUUGUCUGCUUUGGCAAUAGCCAAAUCUCCUGUUCUCAUGAAUUUCAUGCUAAGAGGCUCUUGGGUGACAGUUGGUGCAACCCUUGUAGCUAUGAUUGGAGCUGGAAUGCUAGUACAGUCCAUAUCGUAUCACCAGAACAAGGGCCCGAAGCAUCUUGCUUGGUUGCUACAUUCUGGUGUGAUGGGUGCCGUGGUGGCUCCUCUGACAAUACUGGGGGGACCCCUUCUCAUAAGAGCUGCAUGGUACACCGCCGGCAUCGUAGGAGGCCUCUCCACUGUGGCCAUGUGUGCUCCCAGUGAGAAGUUUUUGAACAUGGGUGCACCACUGGGAGUGGGCCUGGGUCUUGUGUUUGUGGCUUCACUGGGGUCCAUGUUUCUAGCACCGAACACUGUGGCUGGUGCCACUCUGUACUCAGUGGCAAUGUAUGGUGGAUUAGUUCUUUUCAGUAUGUUCCUUCUAUAUGACACUCAGAAAGUAGUCAAACAUGCAGAGGGAACACCAUUGUAUGGACAGAACAGAUAUGAUCCAAUCAAUUCGAUGUUGGGAAUCUACAUGGAUACACUGAAUAUAUUUAUGCGCGUUGCAUCUAUGCUAGCAACUGGAGGUAACAGAAAGAAAUGAAGUGACAGCUUCUGACUCCUCCAGCACAUCAGAUGUCUUACUGUUG